GGGCGCGCGAGGCUUCAUAAUUGUCUGACGCCAAGCAUAAAGUGUCAGAAGAGCUUGAAGUGGGAGGGAAAAAAAACACAAGAGUAAAAGAAGGGCCACUCAGAGAAGGAGAUGAAGACUUUCAAGAGCCAGAGCCAACCCGAGCAGCGCGGAGCCCUCAGCAGUCUGCACAGCAUCAGCAGCAGCGCUAUGGGUCCCCUCACCCUGGCAGUGCUGUUCAUCCUCACCAUAUCUGCCUGUACCAGUGCGCCAGUCAAUCUUCAACAGGCCAUAACAGAUCAGAGGCAGCUACUUCACCAGAUAGACACUGUUUGCUCAUCAUACCUCUCUGAAGAUAUGAAGUACUGGACAUCGGAUGUCAUAGGAGAACUCUGUAUCUUGAUGCUGGUUCAGAAGUCAAAGGAACUAAGACUUCAAGACAAUAGUAAAAGGACCUUUCAGUUGCACCCUCUUCUGCAUCUCGUUCCUCAGCUCCAUCCAUCCAGAAAAGAGAGAGGACUCGUAAUGAGCGCUGAACUCCAGGGACCUGGUGGAAUUGAAAGCAGGGGCUACUUCCUCUAUCGGCCACGAAACGGAAGACGGUCCUUAGAAUAUGAAUAAAAAAGAAACAGAACCUGCAAGUGUACAGAGACAACACGGACCCCUGAGACCCGAGCCGCUUCACGAUGACUGAGUGACCCAGAAUCCAACCACAGCCCUUUGCCUUUGCUGUACACUGAUGCUUGAAUCUUUACAAUGAAUACUAAUUAAACUAACAUUCAUUUUUGUGAUUUA